UUACUGUUAUUGUUAACCAUUAUGGAAGAAGACGACGACAUUCCAACGCUAUCGGCGGAAACGUUCGCUGCUUUACAAGAGUUCUAUGCGGAACAAGAUAAACGACAAGAAAUUUUAAACAAAUUGGAAGCUGACAAAAAGCUGAAUGAAAAUAUUAUUUUUGAAGAGAAUUGGCAAUUGAGCCAGUUUUGGUACAAUGAAUCAACAAUUCAAGCUCUCGUUAAAGUAAUAGAGAAGUCGGUCCCAGAAGGCGGAAAAGUAGCCCUUAUAUCAUGUCCCACUCUGUUUGUUCCAGCAAAACGUCAUAUCGGGAACACAAUCACAAUAUCAUUAUUGGAGUAUGACAGAAGAUUUGAAGUGCAUGCUCCAGACUACAUAUUUUACGAUUACAACUCACCAGACAAGUUGCCACCUGACUUGGAGCACUCCUAUGACCUUGUAAUAGCCGACCCUCCAUUUUUAUCUGAAGAAUGUAUAGCAAAGACUUCACAAACAAUAAAACUAUUAGCCAAGGAGAAAAUUGUGGUAUGCACAGGAGCUAUCAUGCAAGAGAAUGUGGAAAAGUUGUUGAAUCUUAAACUUUGUCAGUUCCGUCCGGAGCAUAGGAACAAUCUAGCAAAUGAAUUUUCAUGUUAUGCCAAUUUUAAUUUGGAUGAUAUUUUAAGAUGAUUAAUUUCUGUGUAUAUAAUAUGUAUAUUAAGCAAUUUAAGCCUAAUAAAAUUAGGGUGAUGUUUUUAUUGACUGAUAAGUCAUAAAACUGAUAAUUAUAAGAUUUGUUUGUAAAAAACACCAUGAUAUUAUUCUAUCAAGAUAUUUGAGUAAGCAACAUCUAGUAAAUCACCCUGGAUGUCACAUACAUGACUUUUAUAUCUAUUUCAUUAUUGUAUGUUUUAAACCCACACUGGCUGCAUAAUUAUAAACCUGGUCCUGAUUAAUCCCAGGCUCUCAUUACUUCACACGACACAUUUAUAAAGUUAAAACAAUAUUGUAAACAUGCCCCACAUCCUUAUUGUAUAAGUGAUAAGGUAGAAAAUAAAAGCAAUUGUGUAAAACAUUCCAUUUUAUUGUUCUUAACAAAACCAUUACAGCCGGCUAACACAUCUACCAGCACCUUUAUCUUGAAUAAAUAGUUACUUCAUAUAAUAUAUUCUCCUCUAGUUCAAUUAUGAAGGCAAAGUUUUAAUUUUAAAUACACAAAUAGACUUGUUUAUAUAGUUAAUAUGAUCUACAACUACUUAUAAAUUUUUCGAAGAUUCAUAUGUCAAUAUAUUUUAUUUGAGAUGAACAUUGAGUCUUAAAAUACUUUUUAAAUAUGAAAAUAGUUUAAAUGGUUUUCAUUUCCCUAUGAGGAUACAUAUUUCGUAUUAACCAGCGAUAAUCCUUAAUCUCUAAGAGAAUUGUAAUUAAAAUAUUAUGCUAAAUAAACUAAAAAAAAUUAUGUUAAAAUAUCCGACAAUGGACGACAAAAUAAUAAACAAAAAUUAACUAGACGCAUAUUAUAAAUUUGCUUAUAAAUAAAAAUACAUACAAUCAUUCAGUGCAUUUAAAUUGUCGAUUACCUUAACAUAUUCUACAAUUAAAAAUGAAUUGUAAUAAAUUAUAGAAUGGUAGAUAUUAUUAUGAAUUUCACUUAAAAACUAUAUUGCGUUUUGGUGACGAAUACCUAGGUUUUGAAAUCGAGACUUGUUCAACAUCAAAUGUUAUAUAAAUUGUUAACUUGAUGUUAAACAAAAUUAUUUGAAUAGCAUUUUAAGAAUCGGGUGAUUAAAAUGAUAAAUCAAUGAGUGUUUUAUUAGUAUCCUCUUGUGUUCAUCUAUGCACAUGAAAGCAGAGGAUGAAUUCCUAAAAAAAAAAUCAAUUGAUAAAAUAUUAUAACAGUUAGGCAUGUGCUCAGUGCAUUUUGUACUAAAUAUUUAAAAUUAAUAAGAUCAAUAAAUAUAUUAUCAUAUUGAUCAAACGAGAUUUGAAUAUAAUCUAAUUCAUAUAUCACGACUAUAUGGUUCAUAGACUAUCUCAUGCUUUUCACUCUUAUUUUUUAUUAAAUUCGGUUAUUUAUUUACCUAACUACAAGGCCAUUGAAAUUAAGCCAUUUGUUUCAUGCAUGUUUUUUGUUCCUAUCUUUUAAAUUUUAUAUUUCAUUGAAGGCAACACUAAAUUGAUCUAACGUACAUAUAAACAAAAAAAAACUCGUAAACAAAAAACAAAUAUAACAGGUACGCUGCAUUUGUACCUAACAUAGUAUCGUUAUAUGGCAACAUUAUUAACAAUUGCCGAAUAUUAUAAGAUCAUUGAAACAAGUUAGAAUUUCAAAGUUUUUAAGGGUUUAAGUACUAAGGACAGUCAACACUUUAAAACAGAAUUUGAUUUCAUCAUUAGAAUAGCAAAGACCAGUCCAUGUAUAAAACUAUUUUGAAAUUAAGUAUAUUAUAUGUGUAUAUAUUGAUAUAGAUAUAUUUAUUUCCACAAUAGUUGUGCCUUAGAUAUAUAAAAUAAAUAUUCGACUUAAACUUGUAAUACUAUAUGGUUUUGAAAUACAUAUCUAUACAGAUAGAGCCAUCUAUUUCGUAUGGUAUUGUCAUAUUGAACUAUUGGUUGCCUAAAUACAGUGCCAGUGUUACAACUAAAGAAAAUCACAACCUUGACACUAAUAGUUUGACCACUCAUUUGGGGUAUAAGAGCUUUCAUAUAUGCAUAACUUAAGCAACCUCUUAGAAACUUUAUCAUCAUACGGCCCAAUAAAAUGUUGCAUAUGUUGCUGGUUUUUAUUGAAAGCCUACAAACUAAAGCUCUAAACAUUUAUUUAAUUAUCCAUACAUAAUAUAUUUGUUACACGAGAGUGAACUGUAUGAAGCGAAAGAAAGUAUUUAACUUUUUACAGUCAACUUUCGACAAACAAAUAUAUAAAUACAUAGAUAAAAAAAACAUACUAACAGAAAUUUGAUAGUACUCUUUUAAUUGUAGUUUUCAAUAAAAAAGAGGUUUCAUACAAUACUAAGAAUUUAGCAAGCGUGUGGAAAAUUAGGCGCCUAUAUCGUAUUGUGCUGAAUAUAAGCAAAAACAAUUUACCAUUUGGUAAAUAGAGAUGUGUAGGCUUUCGUUUGCUAGGCAGUUAAAGUAAUUUUACUAAAUAUUUAUCAGUAUAUAUAAAACAAUUCAAGAAAAAAUAAUAUGGAGAACAGAGAAAUGUAGAGUUAAUUUUUUAUACAUUUUGUUAGUCACAAUUUAAUCUUCUAGGUUUAAAUUUUCUGGUUCUUUUUUUAACUUUAACACUAUAAUUAAGAUAGAUGCAACUUGGCUGAUCGACAUAAAAGUAAUUAAUAGAUGUUAUUAAGUUUUAUUAUUAGACCAAAAAGUAAGGAAAGACAUAGAUAUAGAUAUAAAGAUAGAGAUAUAAAUAAAAUACUAUUUAUGAGUUAAACAUAAAAAAGACUGAGUGUGCAUAAGAGAAAACGAAA